GUCUUUUUGACUUGACUUGUGAUGUGAGUGUGAGAUUAGUUGUAGCAAAGUAGUUAGUGGCAGAUUUAUUGAAGUUGGUAAAUAAAUUCCAUUUAUCUCCUCGAAAUAUGGAAACAAAAACUGCAAACAAUCCAUAAUAAAUUAAUACACAAUGUAUAUUUUAUAAAACUUAGAUUCUUAGCUUAGUUAAAUAAAUUAGUUUAGCUAAAAACAAAAACACGAAACACAUCUCACAUAGUGCACAAUCUGUAUAAAACAAUUCCCAAACCAUUGUUCAUUCGGUGAUUGGGAUUCGCUUCGCAUCAAGAACCAAGAAACACAACCAACCAGUUUGCCUACAAUACAAUUAUAAAGCUGACUUGUGAUUGUCUGGUCGAUUUAUGCAUAUUCAAGAAUGCCAGUGCGAAAAUAUCGUCGCGAAACUAGCGAAAUCAGCUGCUGUUUGAAAUACAUCAUCUUCAGUUGCAAUGUUUUGUUUUGGUCUGCUGGACUUUGUGUCCUUGCAAUUGGAAUCUGGGCAUGGAACGAGAAGGAUAUGUUCAGCAACCUGACGAGGCUAACAUUCAUCGCCUUGGAUCCAGCCUUUGUUUUGAUUUGCCUCGGAACUGUGACGUUUAUAAUCGGCUUUACUGGGAGUGUGGGUGCCCUUCGCGAAAAUACUUGCCUUCUAUCGAUGUAUGCUAUAUUUUUAUCAGUCUUGCUCAUAUUGGAAAUUGGACUAGGCACUCUGGUUUUUAUUCUCAAAGACAAAGGAUGGAUAAAAGAUCAAGCCACCGAAGGUUUACGCGCAUUUAUCAUUCACUAUCGCGAAGAUCCAGAUCAACAAAAUUUAAUCGAUUGGAUUCAAGAAGAUUGGCUUCAGUGUUGUGGAAUUGAAGGUCCCAAAGAUUGGGACAGUAAUAAUUACUUCAAUUGUUCAUCGGGAGCAGUUGGCAGUCGUGAGGCCUGCGGUGUUCCAUUUUCAUGCUGCAAACGUCGGCCACAUGAGCUUAUCAAAAACAAACAGUGUGGCUACGACGUCCGAAAGGAGGGCUAUCCCGCAGAACGUUAUAUAUAUGAACGGGGCUGCUUGCGAGCUGGUGAAGAUUGGUUGGAGGGGCAUUUAAUCGCUGUAGCUGGAUUCUGCAUAUGCGUGAUGGUUUUACAGAGCACCGAAAUUUCAAAAAUUAUUUACGAAAAAGGAUGUGUCCAAGCGGGUGAGGAGUGGGUUGAACGAAAUCUCCUCACUAUUUCAACAACGUCCAUAUUUAUGAUUUUCAUGGAGAUAUUAGGAAUAUGCUUUGCACAAAACCUCAGAGCAGACAUCUAUGCGCAAAAAUCGAAAUGGCACUGACACUUGCCCGCCCCCUCCGCUAUAUAAAAUUGUCGUAAGUUUUCCAACAAAGCAAAACACCUCAACAACACCGAUUGUCGACUAUUAAGUUGUACCAAGCAGCAUUACUAUCUUUUCACAUAAAUACAAAAAGAAACAAGUGCAGCGUAAACGUAUUUCAAGGAGUCUCCACCGCAUAACAUAUCACACACACGCAUUCUUAUAAGUAAAAGAAUAACACCGCACGAAGGAAUGGACAAAAACUUCAAAAUCAAAUAAAAGAAAACAAAUUAUAUUUUUUUAAAUUGUUUUGCAUACAACAACACCUAAAUUAAACUUCUUUGCUAUUUAAAUCUUGUACUCAACAAUACUGUGAUCUGUUUUAUAUUCCUCAACUAAAUAUAAACAAUUUACAUACUACUACUAACUAAACUACUCAAUUCACUUAACUUCUCAGUAACGCAAAUACAAAUCCUUAUGUCUUGCAAUUGUUGCUUCGCAAAUAUUAUAUUCUUGAAUUAAUUACUAUAUUUUUUAAUAGAUUUUCCAUGCGCGCUUUAAUAAUACAAACAUACAUAUAUGAACGGAAUAAUAACUAAUGCAAUUUUUAUAAAUAUAUUUAUGUGUUCAAUAAGUAAUCAAUUUGCACAAAACGGAAAUAAUAAUAUUGGUACAAUCAAAAAAUAUAUAGCGAUAUUUAAAAGUUUAUAGAUUGUGAUUGUUGAAAUCGAAUCGGGGGCGCGGGCGGUUCCAUCUUUAAUAUUAAAAUAAGUUCUAAUUUUGUUUUUGUUUUUUGAAAACCAUUCUUCUGCUCUCACUCUUGGACAGAGGGAUCUAUGUAUUUCGAAACCUUUGAAGACUUAAACCCUAUCUUUAAGUACGUCUCUACUGGAUUUUCAGUGAGCUUAACAAACAAAAUUUAAUGGUUAAAAUAACUCUAAUUAAAUAAUAAUCAAUACCUUUAAUAAUUACUCAGACUAUGAAAAAUAUUUUGAGCAAGUCAUUCGAAUAUAAAAAAAUAAAACCAUAUGUUAAAUAAAACAAAAAUAAUGUUGCCAAUCUCAAAAAUAUAUAAAAACUUAAAACGCGCUAAACAAAAUUGUUGUUAAAAGACUUGAAACUUUUCGCUGAUUCUAUUGAUAAUCGAAAGAAAUAUUUAUAAUAUAAUAAAUACAAAUAAAUGGCAAUUAUAAAAUAUAUUAAUAUUAUAAUAUUUUUUUUUAAGAAUAUAUAAAGUAAAUAAGUCUUCAUUUUUUGUGUAUGGCAAUUCAUUCCAUUUCUAUUGUGAUGUUUUAAUAUGCAAACAAAUUACUAGUAAAUAAUAUAAUGUACGUAUUUAAGAAUAUCUACUGUAUUAAUAUACAAAAUAAUAUUUAUAAAUAUGCAUAUAAAAUAAAAAAAAAAUAAACAAUACAACUUUGCCAAUUCUA